AACCUAAUAAUGUGUUGCUAAAAAAAGAAAAUUUGAUAUGAAAAUUGCAGAGAGAGAGAGAGAGAAUGGUGAAUUGAUAGUGAAAACUGAAAAGUUGUAAGGAAAAGGUUGAGAGCUGGAAUCACAUGGAGUUGUCGCUGAAGCUUGCUGUCUCCUCCAUCCCAAUCCCAUUAUUCCCUUGACAAUCAUCCAUCCAUCACUAUCUUCUCUUCUUCACCCGCUUCCACUCCACUCCAUUCUCUUUCUCUUCCUCCAUGGCUCACCUUAAGGAACUGCCCGCUUCUGUUGUUAAUGGGAAUGAUUCCCUCCCUGGUAAUAUAAUAUCCACUACAAUUGGUGGAAAAGAUGGGGAGCCCAAACAGACUAUAAGUUACAUGGCAGAACGUGUCGUGGGUACUGGGUCAUUUGGAAUCGUUUUCCAGGCAAAAUGCUUGGAAAAUGGGGAGGCAGUAGCCAUCAAGAAAGUUUUACAGGACAAAAGAUAUAAGUGUCGUGAACUAGAGUUAAUGCGCAUAAUGGAUCAUCCAAAUAUCAUCUGUCUGAAGCAUCAUUUCUUUUCCACUACAAGUACUGGUGAGCUGUUCCUUAAUUUGGUGAUGGAAUAUGUUCCCGAGUCUAUGUAUCGAGUCUUGAAGUUCUAUAGCACUGCUAACCAAAGAAUGCCUCUUAUCUAUGUUAAACUUUAUAUGUACCAGAUUUUCAGGGGGCUGGCUUAUAUCCACACUGUCCCUGGAGUAUGCCACAGAGAUUUGAAGCCACAAAAUAUACUGGUUGACCCUGUUACACACCAGGUUAAGAUAUGUGAUUUUGGAAGUGCAAAAGUGCUGGUCAAAGGAGAAACUAAUAUAUCAUAUAUAUGUUCCCGGUUCUAUCGCGCACCAGAACUCAUAUUUAGUGCUACUGAGUAUACUACUUCAAUUGAUAUUUGGUCAGCUGGUUGUGUCCUUGCUGAACUGCUUUUGGGCCAGCCAUUGUUUCCGGGUGAAAAUGCAGUGGAUCAGGUUGCAGAGAUUUUCAAGGUCCUUGGCACACCCACUCGAGAGGAAGUCCGCUGCAUGAAUCCAAACUACAACAACUUCAGGUUUCCACAGAUAAAAGCACACCCAUGGCACAAGAUAUUCCACAAAAAGAUGCCUCCCGAAGCAAUUGAUCUCACUUCCCGGCUUCUGCAGUAUUCCCCUAGUCUCCGAUGUACUGCACUAGAAGCUUGUGCACACCCAUUCUUUGAUGAACUUCGUGAACCCCAUGCUCGCUUGCCAAAUGGUCGUCCAUUUCCACCACUAUUCAACUUUAAACAAGAGCUAUCCACAGCACCUCCAGAGCUUGUUAACAAGUUGAUCCCUGGCCACAUGAAGCGGCAACUAGCGCUGCAACUUCCCCAUUCUGCAGGAACAUGAUGUUAAGCCAAGGGCACAGUAUUCUGGUUGACCAUGUGAAGAACUUGCCUUAGGUAUAUUUCUUUAUGGAAAAGUCUACGGGGCCAGCAAUUUUAUUGCAUUUUGGCCAGCAUGUAACCAGCAGAGAAAGGUGAGCCAUUGGAUGAAAUCUCACACCAAUCUCACACCAUCAAAUCAUCAUUGAUGGCUAGUUGAUGGCUACCAAUCACAAAUGUUGCUGGCCCUAGCAUUGUUCU